AUGGCAGUAUAUGGUACAUUUCUUGAUGCUUGUUGGAAUUUAGAAAUUGCUUCUUUAGUCAUUAAGACAAAUCGUAUAUCAGAAGUUUUAAUAAAAUGGGUUUUGGUGAAAAAAAGUUCCAGUGAAA